AUGGAGAAGAUGGACAGCCACCUUGGACCAUUGAAGGCCCAGCACUGGCGCGGAUCGAAAAAGUUGAAGAGCAGGGCCGACUCCCUCACGGGGUCGGAACAGGAGGAGUACGGGGAAUGGAGAGUUCCAGAGCACUGGGGAUCAAUGACGGAGGAUGACCCCGCCAAGCUCUCGGUCGAGAACGCCGGUGAGGCGACCCAGGGCGACGUCGACAACCUCGACAGUGAAAAAGGGGAGAAUAAGAGCGAGCUUGUGAAGAUCCAGCGUGAGCUCGAGGAUCCGAAGACGGACCCUCGCGCGCAGUUCGACAAGUGCGCGACCGUGUCCAUCGAGGGCAAUACCAUCCUGGCGAACGCGGAGAAGAACGCGACAGCGAAAACGCGCGCGGCCGCCCUGGUCGCCGACCUCGCUAAGCACAUCCCUAGG